GAACGCAGCGCGCGCGCGCGUCAAAAUGGCGGUUCAGUGACGUUUGAUAAUCUGUGGUCAAUCGAUGUUGGCGGGAAUUAUUGUGACGUUUAGUGCUUUUUUAUGGAGUGUUCUUUUUUAAUUUGAUUUCAGUUCCCGUUGGUGAGGAGUGAAAUUUUGGAUAUCUCCCAAAUAAUAUGACAUUUUGAGUGAAAUAAAAAUAGACAGGUUUAAUUAAAGAAAACGACAAGAGGCAUGCGAUAUAAUUGGCUUCGUUACUGGCAAGAGACAAAAAAUAGAAAAUAAUAAUGACAAAGUUGAACUGGAUUUAGUUUAAGAAAUUAAUAACAGCUGUAGAUGAAGACAACGAAACAAAAAAAGAUAGCAAUAUAAAUGUAAAAUUAUUUCCAUCGAAAUAAAUACCAGAAUACCUAUGGAUAAAACAGAUAGUGAUAAUAAUGAAGAACGUGAUGGUGAUACGAAAAGUGGUGUAAAAGUGAUUGGAAACAGUGAAAAUGGCGAAUUUGAGUGAAAUAGUGUUUGUGUUGGUGAUUCUAAUCAGGACGAGUAUGGAGAUUGUGGAAUCAAAUAUAAUCCAAGUGUGGUCCGCGCCAGGCGGGGAGACCCGCAUGCCGUGUGAUCUCGCAGCAUCAGCUCGGGAUGUCGCCAUGAUGAUGUGGUUUAAAGAUGGCGACAGGAUGCCCAUAUAUACGGUAGACUUCAGAAACGGUCCACCCAUCCACUGGGCAGUAGCUGGCGAGUUCGGAACCAGGUCACACUUCGUUCUGAACGAGUCGGAUCCAUCAUCAGCUCACCUGGUGGUUGAGAAGGUGACGCAACUCGACGAGGGAGUGUAUAGAUGCAGGAUAGACUAUAUUGAUGCACCUACUAGGAACUAUAGAGUAAAUCUGACUGUCAUUGUCCCUCCAGAGUCCCCUCGGGUGCUGGAUAGCGAGGGGAGGGAGGUGGAGGGGAGCCUGGCAGGGCCGUACAGAGAGGGGCAGGAGCUUAAGUUAACUUGCCAGGCUGAUGGUGGUAAACCCCCACCAGACAUAACCUGGUACCACGGGGACGACCGGCUCGCGAUAGCGCGCGACGCGAGCAGCUGUCUGGUGCGCGUUACUCUGUCUCGGGAGAUGAGCGGCGCGAAGUUAAGGUGCCGAGUCGACCCGCCCUUGUUGAAGACCAUAGUCAGGGAUGUCACUUUGAAGUUGUAUUUGAAACCACAAUACGUUCGAGUGACGGGAGGAGGUCCCACCAGAGCGAGUCAUGAGCGUUCUUUCGUCUGCACGACGCGGGGGUCCAAACCAGCUCCUAAUGUAGACUGGUUUAUUAAUGCCCAGAGGAUUGACUCUUCUCUAACCCAGGUAGAAGUAGACGGUGAAGUAACCAAAAGCAUUCUAACCUGGCGCGUGCGGCGCGAGGACAGCGGGCGCGAGCUCGCCUGCCGCGUGUCCAACCCUUGGUUCCCGGCGCAUACAUUGGAGGACUCUAUUGUUUUGGAAGUUUUGUAUCCACCAAUCCCCCAAAUAUCUUUAAUCGAGCCGCGCGACAGUCGCCAACUCCGUGAGGACCAAGAUGCUGUCCUGCUGUGUUCCGCUGAUGCGUCCCCACCGGCGUAUAACUUCUCCUUUUAUAAGGGCUUCGAGGAUCACUUAGUCCGAGACGAUCCCAUAGGAGGCAUAUCCAUAGAGGGCCAGAAGCUGUUCCUCCACAACCUGAGGAGGCAUCACUCCGCGAGAUACAGGUGCAGGGCGUGGAACUCGGAGGGCAGUGGACUCAGCGAACCGAUGAAUUUAAAUGUAUUGUCUCGACCAGAAUGUUCAGCAGGCAGUGUGGUCCAGCACAUCGCGGGCGCCCCCGGGGGGGAGGUGCGUGCGCGAUGUUCCGUGAGUGCGCCCUCCGCUAGGGACGCGGGGCCCUUGAAGUUCUAUUGGACUUAUAAUGGGACUAAGGAUGUGUUGCCUAUACCAGUAUCAAACGUAACAACAAUGGGAUCAAGCAGCACAGUUAUCCACGGUCUGCCAAGUAUUGAUGAUGAAGAGGAUCUGGGCUGGCUCGCGUGUUGGGCCAGGAAUGAUAUCGGCAACCAACGGGAACCGUGUUUGUUCAGGAUCAUGCCUGCUGGUUACCCUGAACCGCCCAGCAAGUGUGAAGUAGACGGCAGCUACAUCCGCUGUGAAGCCGGCCAUGAUGGAGGACUUCCACAAUGGUUCGUAAUGGAAGCCCUGGGAGUGAAGCCAUACGAACAUGUGAGGAAUGAGAUCGAUUCCACCAUGAAUGACCAGGGCAUAUCCGGUCGUGGUCUAACCGAAACAGUGUACAAAACAAGCAACGACGCUUCCCCGCAGUUCGCAUUAGACGCCCUAUCACCGGGACGAUACACAUUCCUCAUUUAUGCGGAAAAUCCAAGAGGAAGGUCACUACGACCCGCGGCUUUACAUGGAGUGCCUGUUAGGACUGUGGAUGAUCUGGAUAGACCGGAUUCGCUGCAAACCAUGACGCCAGCCCCACCGCAAGUGCCCAUAGCUCCUCAAGACAACGGCGUGGCUUUGCUCGUCGGAGCAGCUUUAUCAUUAGUUCUUCUGACCAUCCUAACGACCAUUUGCGUGACCAUGGUCGUCAUGUGCAAGAAGGAAACACGACCGAGACGAGAUACUGAAACUAACGCGACUACCCGCAACGUCGGCGUGUCCAUGUACAGCGGCGUGUCGGGCAGUCGCGCGCCGACCGUGCUGGUGCGCGGUCGCGGCUCGCGCGUGCUCGCGGCGCGCUGGUCCGCCGUGCUGGACGACACGCCGCUCGCUAUGUUGGCGCUGGACAGCCGGUCUCAUGCUAACACAGAUAGCCACAGCGACGGUGACAUUCACGAAACUGCAUUUAUAAGACACGGAAAUAUGGAAACGCAAACUGAUUCUUAGAUAAAUGAAGUUCUGAAUGAAUUUGAACAUUCAAGAUCGUUCUGCUUAUAUA